UCUACCGGACCAAACAAACUUGGAAAUCGGUGCUUAAUUCCAUCGAAUCCAAUAAUAUUUUGCUAAUACUUGGCACAGAGACACGUGUCCGAGCGAGUAUUUUUUUUUUAAAUCAUAUUCUUGUCUUCCAUAUAAGUCACGUUUUUCCACGAAUUUCAGAGUGUUGUUUAUCGUGCCCUUGGGACUGUGUUUUUCUCCAUUCCGGUCGAAGGCGUUUACGUACCCGUUGCGCGUCACCAUUGCCAUUGGGAGAUCUGAUGCCCCGAAACAAUGACACCAAAAGCCGCGUUAUGUCAUAUUCUAGUGAUAUGGGGCCUGGCUCAAGUUACGGCUCAAAUCAAUCGAGGGAGCAUUCCUGCGGGAGUUCGUUCCCCGAUGAUAGCAAACGGAUGGCGUCCUCUGACGAGCUACGAGCCUAAAAGCGCGGGUGUGCAUUUGUCGGGAGGGAGUCUGGGCGUGGGAGGAGGAUCGUUGAGCGAGAGGAAUUCGGCAGGCGGGGCGCACCCGGUGCACGGGAAGCUCCAGGAGCACAUGUCAAAAUCGGAGAAAUUGAGCUCGAAGCAACAAAACAAGCAAACGAACGAUUACAAUCCUCCGAGUAUCCUCGGGAGUUUCAGCGUGUUUGGUAACUCGGUGGGGAAAACUCGCGGAGGGGAAGCCGGUAAAUCUCAGUUGUUGGGAUCGGAGACUCAGGAAUAUUCGUUUCUGGUGCCACCGCCGAGGGAGCCGCCGUUGCGAUACGAGAUUGAGCCUUACCGGAAGCAGGUAAUCCUCCGGGACAACGAGCCCUUCUUGCGUCAGCCCUCGAAAUACGUCAUUUCGCACUCGAUCGGAAGCGCACCUGGAGACAUAAGGAACGUUCAAUAUUUCGCGAAAGGUGGAGCCGCCGCAGUUUCGGCGAGUACGCAUGCGCUGACGAGCCUGAAGAAUCGCCCGGUGAUCGGAGAAUUCGGGGCCGGCAGCCCGAGCCAGCAGCCUCAGCAGCAGCAGCAACAGCAGCACGUUCCGUUCGAAUCGCUCAAACUGUCCAACACGAAGCUCUUUCUGCAGCCGCCGGGCGCCAACGGACCGCCGAAUUUCGGCCGCGAGCCCCACCAGCCGGUCGACAACGUUUACGAACGUUUUCCCUCCGCUCAUUUGCCCCAUACGCAACAACUGACUCAAGAGAGUUCCGGCAAUUUCUACAGCCGCAUCAAUCAUCCGUCCCCGGGGGGUGGUUACAAGGCUCAAAAUCUCGAGCGAGAUCCCUCCUUGGUCGUGAACGAGAGCCACGAUCCGAGUUACCCCACCCCGGGGCCUGCCCAAGGCGUUCAACCGGGCUUCGCGGCCUUCGGCAACUUCCGUCCGUCCCCGAGUUACGAGUAUCUCCAUUCCCCCGAGCGGUACUCGAGCCUGCGGCCAGUGGGCUCGCCUUCGGACAAAUUCGUACCCUCGAAGCCGGACAACACUCGUCAGAAGUUGGAAAACUUCGGCAAGUACGGUUCUUCCCAGAGCAACGGGAAUCCGAAUUUGGACAACAGCAUCGCCGCCUCCCCGGAGCCGCCUUACUCCAAGGGCAUCAUAAAUACAUAUUACAUUUCGGAACAACAGAGCCUGACUCCGCCUCCGCCAGCGGCGUGGUCCGUACCCUCGAAGCUCAAACUGACUUCGGACAUAAACGAGGUCCUGCCGAAGCCCGACCGUCCGGCCAAGUUCAACCUCGAUGCGAACGGCAAUCUUCCGGAAGCUCAACGCCAAAAUCAUCAGAACAAUAUCCCGAAUUACUUGUUCCCGAGGCCCGAAGUGCACCAGCAGCACCAACAUCAAUAUUACCCGAACAGUCUGCUCCCAUCGAUAAACGAGCAGCCGGAAGGGAUUUACGAAACCCCCGAAAGCAUUUCCCUGAAGCACUUCAACGAGCAGCAGUACCGACUGCAACAGCAACUGCUCCAACGCGAUCGGGAACGACUCCGGGAGCAACAACUCCAGAGGCAACAGCAACAGAUCGAGCUGGGACGCAUAACCGGUGGACGGGAACGAGAGAAAUCGCCGCCGAUCGAGGCGUCCGAAACCCCCCGACCAACGACCGUCGAAUACUACGAGACAACUGUGCCGUAUGCUCGACCCGCUGAUCCGGCCGAGUACCAAGAGAAUCUAGGCAAUGCAGAAGAGAUUCGAAAGCUCCCGGAGCAGCAAUACGUUCACCAAGAGUACGAGGAGAAGAAUCCAUCCAAAUACGAGCAGCCGGAUCUCCCCGUGGUUUACGAGGCGGAAAACACCAGCAGUUAUCCCGAGCCCGAAAAGAGCGUUAGUUACGAAUCGACCGAGGUGCCUUCCACCGGGCAUCGAACCCGACCCCGCAAGCCUGCGACUACUGCCUCGAGCCCGAAGUACGAGCAGCAGCACCGUCGCAGGAAGCCGGUGACUCCGACCUACGAGGAAGCGACUCAUCAGCAUCAAGAGGAACGGCACAACCCGUCGACGCUUUCCCCAAACCCGAUAGUCCAGAGUCCCGGAAGCCCGUACUCGUUACCGGCAUCGAGCGAGACACCGACAACGGAUUAUCAAGGAACGAGUUAUCCGCCGAUAACAACGGGCGGGAGCUACGCCCCGACGAUAAUAACAACAUCGACGACGACCCCGAAGCCGACGAGAGCUCGACGACCUUCGGGCGGUAACGCGGCGAACGGGCGACGAAGGCGGCCCGCGUCAACAACAACGGAACCGCCUGAAACGGUUGGAACGACGGUAACCUACCGACAGGAGGAUUACACGAAAUACGAAAGAGUCGAGAGCGACUCGUCCAGGCGAAGAAAACCGACUGCACCGCCCCUCGCCCAAACCCCCCGGCCCCAGGUGGAAAUCGAUCCGACAACGAGCACGGAGAAAAAGAGAUUCGAGAUACAGAAUUACGGACACAAGUUGGGAGCGAACGAGCACCAGGAUUACCUUACCGAGGUUUCCCUCGUCCCGGAAACGUACCCGAGCAACGAACGGCACGUUCCGUCGUCCCAACAAUCUUAUAACUACGGUAACGAGAAGGAUGCCUCUCUUUUCUACACGCCAGGUUACGAGGAGGCUCAGCAGGUUACGACCAUUCAGGACUCAACGGAUUACGGAUCCUCCGAUUACCCGACGAGUAGUUCGACGAGUGCGUUCAGCCGGGGCAAGCCGACCGGCGAACCCGAGAGCGUCGACGAUUCCGCGGGAAUAGUUAAAAACGUUUACACGAAUGUACCGUUGGAGGAACUUUUCGUAAAUACGGAAAGAGUGUUCACGACGACGACGACGACGACGACGGCGGCGGCGCCCGCGACGACACCCCCAACGACGACGAGAACGACGACAACCCCGAGACGCUCAACCUCGGCACAUUCAACGAAAAGUUCGUACGCCCGAACAACGGGCACGCCCGUUAUUGCCGACCCGGCGAGCGAAACCGUCCACUCGACGCGGGCGCCGGCCCAUCGGAUGCGUCCGAUGAGAUUCGGAAACUCGACGAGGCCACGCUUCAGCAUCAAAGACUACAAAAGCCGCUUGGAUUAUCGCAAUCGAAUGUUGAGCACCAGCACCGAGACUCCGAGCUCGAACGGGCGGCAGAAAGGAUCCGCGGGACCGAAACAUCAGCAGCAGGACAACGAGAAGGAGCCUCUCGAAUCGACGACCGGUAGAUAUCGUCACAUGUCACGGAUUUCUUACAGAACGCCAUCGACAACGCCCUCCUAUCAGAGCGGCAGGCACCGGGACAGAGAUUCGAGCAACUCGACCGCGGAGAGACUCAACAAAUUCAGUCCGAAGCGACGACUGGCGAACAACCAUUUGUACCGAAGUAAAAUUUCUACGAGCACGACGACGAGCCAGCCGCCACCGGGCGAGGAGAGCGGGGACGACGCCGCGGCCUCAACGUCGGCGUCGACGCGUCCGAAUUCGGUGAGAACGGAGAACGUUUUCUCCGCCGCGAUUCGUCGGCGACCCCAGAUCAAACACGCAGUUUUCACCCAGUCGAGCGAUCUGAGGACAACGAAAAAACAGUCGACCGAGAUGGUCCCCGAGGAAACGAGCUUUUAUUCGCCCGUCAUCGCUCAGCAGCUUCUCGUCACCGAGUACACGACCAGCGUGAUGAAAACCACCGGUGAUGAAACCGACGAUUACCCGAGCUUUGCGACGAGCCAAAGUCGAGAAUACAAUCGCGUCUCCCCGACGCCAAGUCUCUCGACCGAAGCGUCCUCACCGGCCUCCCUCCUCGACGACGAUCUCGACAAUCCCCAGACCGUCAGGUCCGACGAUACGAACGUUUUCGAAUUUACGACCGAAGCAACGACAACGAGCAGUCCCGCCAACGAAGCAGGCCAAACCGAAGCCCUUGUCAAGGAGAGUGAGACUACCGUCGAUGCGCAGUUGGAGGAGGACCUUUUCGCGAAAGCCUCUCAGAGCGUCGCCGAUCUGACGAGUUCGGCGUCCGCCCUCUACGACAAGCCAGGCCUGUUCAAGGCCGUUUCCGUGGCACCCUCGACCUCCGCAUCCGAAACGGGGAACAGCGCUUCGCUUAUCAACAGCCGCUUCAAGAUCAGUCAGGAGAAACAACCUACUCUACCGAUCGAGGCUUUCUUCCACGAGCUCUCCAACAAAAAUUGACCUCGCUGUAUCACCUUUCCUUACUUCGCCGCCAAUUAGCCUCAUUAUCCCCUAUCCCUAUCGUUUAUUCAAUUAAAAGAUAAUCCAUCUCGUCCUAAUUUCAAUAUUCUUAUGCUACACACUAUUCGAAACUUCGAGUAACUUGUACUCGUAUCGUUUACUUGAUUUUUAACCAAAUUUUCAUCCGUUCGCAAUGAAGCUCGUGCGAUAUACAUAAAAAAAAAAAAGAAAUAAAAAUACAUUAGAUUUUAUUAUUCCAAGUUCCAAUAAGUAAAUGAAUUGAAAAAUUUCAAGCGGAUCUUAUUGAACAGCGCUUAUAAUUACGUUUGAAAAUUUUGGUGAGGUUUCACCGUCCGGUAAUCGAGACAUUCGUCGUUGAAAAUGACAAGUUAACACGGGCUUUAAGCUUUUAAAAAAUAGCCAACUUCAACGACAUCUCAAUUUCAAUACUGUCUUAACCGUUCUGUUUGAAAAAUUUCAUUGUGUCCAGAGUUGGAAAAUAAUUUUUCCACAAGAUACGCUUGAACCUCCUUCAAUGAUGAAGAUUGUAAUCGAAAAUUAUGACAAAAUGAGACCAGACACAAGUUUUUUUUUUAUACGCAUUUUUGGAGCCACUCAUCGGGGGGGGACUCGAUCUGCUAUAAAGCGUGUACGCACAACACAAUUUUGUAUCGAAUCAAGUCGUAAAUACCAAAUAUGGCAGUCCUCAAUGAAAAUAUAUGCAUCAUCGUGUAAAUAGUUAUGGAAAGCAACGUUAGUAUUAUUUAUACAUCUUAUUUAUUUGAUUAGUGGUUACGAAGAUACAUCAGCGUGUA